GUUAUGUAGUGCUGUGUCGGUGAUGUUUUAUAUUGAAUCUUCAGCAGUGGCGCUCAAACUCUCUCUGAUCUCUCACUGGGAGCAUCUGAACCAACAACAGCAGCGGAGAGCAGCGGGCAUCAGCCUCACACAAUUAACCAGCACUUUUGGGGUGCCUGGCCCUUCACUGAAGACAUGUCAACAGAGGACGGAUCUAUGACACACCGUUGAGGAUCAGGGGUCAUGGAGUCUCUCUUCGGGGGGUCAGUUGGGCUUGCUGGGAGGUAACGAGGGUCUGAAAGAAGAUGGCUGUGGGGUGGGCUGGUCCAACUCUCCUUUAUCAGAAGACAUGUACUCUGCCUCCCACUUCGCCCUCAUCAGCGCCUACCAGGACAUUAAGACCCGACUGGCCGGCCUCGAGCGAGAAAAUGCAGACAUCAAAAGAAAACUCAAGAUUUACGAGAUAAAGUUCCCCAUGAUAAGCGAGUUUGGAGAUGACAGAAACUCCUACUGCUCCUUUGAGCCCAAAGACACAGCGCUGCUCCAAUCAGAGAAUGGCAGUCUGCAGCAGAGAGUCAACAUGCUGACCCUCGAGCUUCAGAAGAGCAAAGAGCGAGAGGAGCAGCUUGAAGAUGUCAUUCAGGCCUAUGAGAAAAUCCACAUGGAGAAGUCCAGUCUUCAGCGAGAUCUAGACAAGAUGACGUCUCUGGUGGAGAAACAUGUUGAGCGGAUCCACAGUUUAGAGGCGGCUUUGAGGCAGAGGGAGAGCUCACUACACAAACUCAACACACAGCUGCACAACAAAGACAUGCAGUAUCUGCAACUACACAGCCCUGACUCCCAUAUGCUAGACUGCCCCAUGACUCUACAGAGCUCCCGAAGUCUGGACACCCUCUCUGACCUCAAACUGCAGCGUCUGGAGGCGGAGCUAGAGGGGGCGCGGCAUGAGGCUCAAGGGGCAUGUCAGAGAGAGGAGGAGCUAAAAGCUGAAUGUGAGCGGUUACGUGAAGAGCUGAGAGAAUUGCAAAGCAACCAGAGGCAGAGGGAGGUGAGUUCCACAUGUGGGCAGUGUGAUGUGGAGUGGAUAAAGAAAGUUGGAGAUGAACAAGUAAAUCUGGCUUUGGCCUAUACUGAACUGACAGAGGAAUUGGGCAAGUUACAGGCUUUGACCUCGAAACAGACUGAAAUAUUGAGGAAAGCCUCACAGGAGCCAGCAAGCCCAGUUCAGCGCCACUCUCCUGUCCCUCACCAGAGGCAUUCACCUGUCCCGCAGCGCCAUUCCCCAAUCCAACAGCGCCAUUCCCCCAUCCAACAGCGUCAUUCGCCUGUUCCCCAGCAGCGCUCCCCUGUGCUCCAGCGUCUCUCUCCGGACAUGCACCGUCGCUCACCUCUGCCUGAGAUCAGUGAUGGCCCAGCAUCCUAUUCCUGCAGGCCCACUUCCCACCACCUUAGGGCCAGUUUCCAAGGAAGACGCAGCUACUCUGAAGUAGCCGAUCCGUCGGCUUAUCAACGGCCCCCGCGGUUCACUCUGGACCCUGUGUCCACCCUGCCGAAACCUCGACCUUAUGUCGACAGCUACCACAAGCAGCAGCAGCAACAGCAGCAGCAGCAACAGCAACAGCAACAUGGAGGAAGCCAGCACAUGUUAGUUCAAAGACAGGGUUCUCAGUCCGGGGUUGGAGGCGACGGGGGAUUGGCUGAACCUCCACGGCUGUCCAGGGAGCUGUCUUUCCACCACUCGGAUGUGUCCCACUUGCAUUUCGAGCCUCAGCCCAGCCCAGCACCUCUGCAUUCAUCCCCACAGCCUCCACAGUCCUCCGAGGAUGAGGAGGAAUGGUCCUGCCCUCAUCCCAUCAGUCCUCCGCGGACACUGGGGGUGUCGAGCCCCUCAUCGAGCUCCAGAGGCCCCGCCUCUUGUUCUGCUUUCCCCAUUCCUUCUCGUCCCAGCACCCUAAGCUGUCACCCACCUGGAUACCUGCACGCAGAGCACGCCCAGUCUUGGCCAUCCAUCAAUCUGUGGAUGGAGACGGAGGAGGAGGGUGACGUCAGGAGCUGCCCGCUGUGCCAGCUAAUCUUCCCUGUUGGUUACCCUGAUGAUGCCUUGAUCAAGCACAUUGACUCGCACCUGGAGAACAGCAAGAUCUGACACCCACAGCCACGCCAUGACCUUCUGUUGUUCCACAGUUACAUUUAUUCUUUGCUACCGGUAUUUUUAGCCGGGGGCCUUCAGACAGAAUGUAGGCAAUGCACCUGUGGCCAGUCUCACGAUUUGAUAAGUGAAACAGAGAUCUGUGAUUACCUACAAAACUCAUGUGUCAUGAAUAGCUUAUAUCUCUAUAUAUCGCUUCUUUUCAAAACAAAUUUCUUGAAUGGUAACUUUCUAUUUUAAACACUGUUUAUUAGCAAUCACACACACUAAACCAAACUGACUGAGCGUAUUUCAAUAUUAAGGCUCUCAUUUCAGCUUUUAACUACAGUUCCCAUGAUUAUUUGCAUUAUUUACACUUGUGGUCACAGAAUGUGCUUUGUGGCCAUUUUUGGAGAACUGAGUAGUAUAUAAGAGGGAAUAUUACAUGGCCAACGGUUGCAUCAUUUGAAUUUCAGCACUUUAUAUAAGCACUUAAUAUCCAGUUUACCUUUAUUGAUAUUACUAACACUGAGGCAAAAAAGUAAAUCCUUAUAGAUAUAAUUUAUUUUUUAAUACUCCAGGGUCUUACCCUUAAAUAUAUCUUUGUUUGGCAGGACUUCCCUUUAAAACUGGAUUCUUUGUAACUAUCUGUAAUUAUUUACAAUCACAAUUUUUUGUUUGUCUUCCGGGGUGUUUGGCUGUACAAAAAGGGAAGUUUUUUUCUUAAAGAUAAAAUAUUCUUUACAAAUGUCCUCUCAUAAUACACAUGACGAUUGCAGCUCUGUGCACAGUCUUAACCAACCACUGACAAAACACCAGUUGCUGUUGUUUCUCAAGACAGUAAUACUGUGAUUUCCAUAGUACACUUAGACAACGGAUGGUUUUUGAUGUAUAUAUUGCUUUAACUAAAAUAUAUUUGUUCUUCUGAUCACAUCACAGAGCUCAAUCUGUUUUAUCAGUUCAAACUUUUUUAAUGUACUGUAAAUGUAUACCUGUAUCUAAAGCCAAUUAUAUGUAUUAACCUGUAAAUUCAGCUAUAUAAUAUAGAUAUGCAUUUUUCAAGCUUGGAUAAGAGCAAAUGGUUUGCUAAAGAUGAAAAGAAAACUACUGGAACUGCUAAUUCAUGUUUUGUAUUGCUGUGAUCCAAACGAUACAGCACCCAGUUGAGUGUUUAAUUAGCUAAGUGUUACUAUUCCCUAUUCUUCCAGGUGUACCUUAUGCUAUAUGUGAUAAAGUCUUCUUUCUUGCUACUUUCCCUGAUUCUGCAGACUUUGUGAAAACGAGAGCACUGGAUCUGCUACUAACCCAAAUACAGAGGAACUAAAAUGGGAAAGUAGCACAAAGAAGUCAUCGCUGGUGCACAUGUGCAAAAUUACAAAGCCAAAUAUAGCAAAGUGCAAAAUAAGAAGCUGUACACUGUCUAUGAAAUAACUGGGUGGAGGUUUUAUUCAAUUGGUAAUUG